CUUGACAGUCAGUCAGCAGCGACAUGAACAGGGAAGGAUGAUGAAGCUAAGAUGGCAGCGCUACUAGGGCUGCUGUCUUUACGGGGUCAAGAAAAACAGCAGGAAUAAACGUAAAGCACGGACGUCAGCUCGCGCGUUUGACUCGUGUCUCUUCGGGCGGUUGAACGCGGUCGGACCGCCUGCAAUCGAGGAAAUAACGGUUGGUUUUUGAAGCGUAUUUCGCAGUCGCAGCAGAGCGGCUAACCGUCAACGUCGUUUUAAUUGGAGAUACUCGGAUGUAACGUUAAUUCGCCGGGCGUUUUUGCGGGUUUGUGGAGCGGAUAUAUGGGGUGUGCUCGGGAAUUUGAGCUCUGUUGAUUGACUUUGUAAUCUAAUAUAUGCGUUGUUCCCCUAAACGAUGAUGUGUGCUGCUGCGGCGGCAGCGGGUGCCGGUGGCAGCGGGAUUGUGUCCUCCGCAUCCCACUCCAUGGGGCUGGGUGUCAGGGUCAUUCCGGGAGCUGGACACGAUUUCGCAUCGAUCGGAUCAGGGAUGGGCUCCUGUCCCGUUGUGGGGGCCCGCUCGGAUUGUCGGAGCCGCUACCAGCUUCUUCUCUCAGGGCGAGCACUGGCGGAGCGCUACCGGAGGAUAUACACCACCGCGAUCAACGACAAAGAGCAGGGGCUAAACCUCGGCAGGGGAAAGAAAGCUUUGAGCAAGAAGAAACUAAAAAGGCGGCAAAAAGUCAAAUCAAAAGUGAAAACAAGAACAAAGACAGAAACUCUGGAUGGGGCCUUUCCAGUGCCUGACAUCAAACUCCACAGCAACCCCUCUGCGUUCAACGUCUACUGUAAUGUACGGCACAGCGUGCUGGACUGGCAGCAGAAGGAAGCCGUUUUGGCCCUGGCCUCCCGGAGCUCUGUGCAGAGCGGCGACUCAGACAGUGAGGAAGAGGAGGAGUAUCGCGAACCCGCCGUCAAACUGCCGAAGAUCAUUGGUAUUGGGCUAUGUGGAGUGUUCGAGCUCAUCAAGGAGACUCGUUUCUCGCACCCGUCACUGUGCUUACGGAGCCUUCAGGCCCUUCUAGAUAUGCUCCAGGGACAACAGCCGGAGAGCUUUCAGACUGAACCUCCAGAUGUGCUGGAGUCUCUCUUCCAUCUUCUGCUGGAGACAACGGUGCGGAGCACAGGGAUGAACGAUCCCACCGGUCAGACCCUCACUGCGUUAUCCUGUGCCUGCCUCUUCAGCCUUGUGGUGGCCUGGGGAGACACUGGCAAAACCCUCCAGGCUGUGUCUGCCAUCCUCACCAACAAUGGCAGUCAUGCAUGCCAGACCAUCCAGGUCCCAACAAUCCUGAACGCACUACAAAGGAGUGUGCAGGCGGUGCUGGUGGGAAAGAUCCAGAUCCAGGAAUGGUUCGGAAACGGCAUUAAGCGGGCCGCGCUGAUGAACAAAUGGGUUCUGAAGGAGGUGAACAUCGAUGAAGACGAACGCUGUCUACUUCAAACAGACGGUUCCUUCCUCUACCUGCUCUGCAAGGACGGUCUCUACAAAGUAGGCUCAGGGUACAGCGGCACCGUGCGGGGCCAUGUGUACAACUCCACAUCUCGUAUCAGGAACCGUGAAGAGAAAAGGUCAUGGCUGGGAUUCGCCCAGGGUUGUUUGCUCUAUCGAGACAUGAACAGUCACAGCAUGGCAGCCAUUAAGAUCAACCCAGAGACUCUGGAGCAGGAGGGCACCAUCACAAUGCCGGGUCUACAAGCAGAUGGACAGAACAUCAUAUUCACUGAUGGAGAAUUUAUCAACCAGAUUGCAGCCUGCAAAGAUGACGGCUUUGUGGUGCGGAUCUACGCCACCAGCUCAGACCCGGCCCUACAGCAGGAACUGCAGCUCAAACUGGCCAGGAAGUGUCUUCAUGCCUGUGGCAUCUCCCUCUUUGACCUGGAGAAAGACCUUCAUAUCAUCAGCACAGGGUUUGAUGAGGAAGCAGCGUUGAUUGGAGCUGGCAGAGAGUUUGCUUUGAUGAAAACGGCAUCUGGGAAGAUCUACUAUACUGGAAAGUAUCAGAGCCUCGGCAUCAAGCAGGGCGGCCCGUCGGCUGGGAAGUGGGUGGAGCUGCCGGUCACCAAGUCGCCCAAGUUUGUGCAGUUUUCAGUGGGCCAUGAUGGCUCUCACGCCCUGCUGGUGGCAGAGGAUGGGAGCGUCUUCUUCACGGGCUCCGCCAGCAAAGGGGAGGACGGAGAGUCAACAAAGAGCAGGAGACAACCAAAGCCCUACAAACCCAAGAAGAUGAUCAAACUCGAGACCAAGACGGCCAUCUACACGGCCUGCAACAAUGGCAGUAGCAGCAUUGUCACUAAAGAUGGAGAGCUCUACAUGUUUGGCAAGGAUGCCAUUUACAGCGACAGUACCUGUCAGGUGUCAGAUCUGAAGGGACAGUUUGUAACUCAGGUAGCUAUGGGAAAAGCGCACACUUGUGUCCUGACCAAGAGCGGGGAGGUGUGGACAUUUGGAGUGAACAACAAGGGCCAGUGUGGUCGAGACACUGGAGCCAUGAGCCAGGCAGGGAAAGCGUUUGGUGUAGAGAACAUGGCCACCGCCAUGGACGAGGACUUAGAAGACGAGCUGGACGAGAAGGAGGAGAAAUCUAUGAUGUGUCAGCCAGGCAUGCACAAGUGGAAGCUGGACCAGUGUAUGGUGUGCACCGUGUGCGGAGACUGCACUGGGUACGGCGCCAGCUGUGUGAGCAGUGGCCGACCUGACAGAGUGCCAGGAGGGAUUUGUGGCUGCGGCUCUGGUGAGUCUGGCUGUUCGUCAUGUGGCUGCUGUAAGGCUUGUGCCAGAGAGCUGGAUGGUCAGGAGGCCAGGCAGAGAGGAAUCUUUGAUGCUGUGAAAGAAAUGAUACCGCUGGACCUGCUCUUAGCUGUGCCUGUCCCUCCUCCCCCAGGCGUCAAUAUAGAGGAGCACAUCCAGAUUCGACAGGAGGAGAAGAGACAGCGCAUCAAUCGCCGGCACCGGAUAGAGGAAGGUCGAGGCCCCCUUGUUUUCCCUGGUCCCCUUUUUAUGAACCAGCGUGAGCAGGUGCUAGCAAGAAUAAGACCCCUUCAGGCCUUUAAGCUAAUGCGGGAGAGACUCAAAGAUGGCAGCAGUGAACGUGGGGACAAAGAUGCCAGUAAGAUCACUACAUAUCCUCCUGGGUCCGUACGCUUCGACUGUGAGCUGCGAGCCGUGCAGGUCAGCUGCGGUUUCCACCACUCCGUGGUAUUAAUGGAGAAUGGAGAUGUUUACACCUUCGGCUACGGACAACAUGGACAACUUGGACAUGGAGAUGUUAAUUCUAGAGGAUCUCCCACUUUGGUGCAAGCUCUGCCUGGCCCCAGUACUCAGGUGACAGCAGGCAGUAACCACACUGCAGUGCUUCUCAUGGAUGGACAGGUCUUCACCUUCGGGAGUUUCUCAAAAGGACAGUUAGGGCGACCCAUCCUAGACAUGCCCUACUGGAACGCCAAGCCCUCUCCAAUGCCCAAUAUUGGUGCCAAGUACGGCCGAAAGGCAACGUGGAUUGGGGCCAGCGGUGAUCAAACCUUCCUUAGAAUCGACGAGGCGCUAAUCAACUCCCACGUCCUGGCCACCUCCGAAAUUUUCGCUAGCAAACACAUCAUCGGUUUAGUUCCAACAUCUGUAUCUGAGCCUCCUCCCUUCAGAUGCCUACUUAUCAAUAAACUGGACGGGAGCUGCCGCACCUUCAAUGACUCAGAGCAGGAGGAUCUCCAGGGUUUCGGCCUCUGUUUGGACCCUGUCUAUGAUGUCAUCUGGAGGUUCCUACCUGCCACACGUGAGAUGUGCUGCUAUAACGCCGUGAUAGCAGACGCCCGUGUGCCCUCUGCUUCUGACAUCCAGGCCCUCUGCAGCAUCCUGAGUCCUGAACUGGCUCUUCCCUCGGGCUCCCACGCCAGCACCACCCGUUCCCAUGGAGCGCUGCACAUCCUGGGUUGUCUGGACACACUGGCUGCGAUGCAGGAGCUGAAGAUGGGAGUGGCCAGUGCUGAGGAAGAGACUCAGGCUGUGAUGAAGGUCUACUCUAAAGAGGACUACAGUGUGGUCAACCGCUUUGAGAGCCAUGGAGGAGGCUGGGGUUACUCUGCCCACUCAGUGGAGGCCAUCCGCUUCUGCGCCGAUGCUGACAUCUUGUUAGGGGGUUUGGGUCUUUUUGGAGGCAGAGGGGAGUACACUGCAAAGAUCAAGCUGUUUGAGCUGGGUCCAGAUGGAGGAGACCAUGAAACUGAUGGAGACCUACUGGCCGAGACAGAUGUUCUGGCGUAUGACUGUGCUGCUCGGGAGAAGUACGCCAUGAUGUUCGAUGAGCCUGUGCUGCUGCAGUUGGGCUGGUGGUAUGUGGCGUGGGCUCGUGUGUCUGGACCCAGCAGUGACUGCGGCUCCCACGGCCAGGCAACCAUCACCACUGAUGAUGGUGUGGUGUUUCAGUUCAAGAGCUCAAAGAAAUCAAACAACGGUACCGAUGUAAAUGCUGGACAAAUACCUCAACUGCUGUACAGGUUGCCCUCUAAUGAUGGUAACACAUCCAAAGGAAAGCAGCAGACCAGUGAGCCUGUUCACAUCCUCAAGCGUUCUUUCGCCAGGACCGUGUCUGUGGACUGUUUUGAGUCUCUGCUGAGUAUCCUGCACUGGAGCUGGACCACGCUGGUGUUGGGGGUGGAGGAACUGAGGGGACUGAAGGGUUUCCAGUUCACAGCUACUCUUCUGGACUUGGAGCGCCUGCGGUUCGUGGGCACCUGCUGCCUGCGACUGUUGCGUGUCUACAUCUGUGAGAUCUUCCCCAUUUCUGCCAGUACCAAAGCUGUUGUGGAGGAGUCCAGCAAGCUGGCGGAGUGUGUAGGAAAGACACGAAGCCUCCUGAAGAAGAUCCUGUCAGAAGGGAUGGAUAACUGCCUGACCAAGCUGGACAAUGACCCGCAGGGAUAUUUGAGUCAGCCCCUCACGCUGCUGGAGGCCGUGCUGCAGGAGUGCCACAACACCUUCACCGCCUGCUUUCACUCCUUCUACCCCACGCCAGCCCUGCAGUGGGCCUGCCUCUGCGACCUGCUCAACUGCCUGGACCAGGACAUUCAAGAGGCGAACUUCCGCACGUCGAGCAGCCGUCUGCUGGCUGCGGUGAUGUCAGCGCUGUGUAACACGUCGGUCAAGCUGACCUCCAUCUUGCCCAUCGCGUACGACGGGGAGGUGUUGCUGCGCUCCCUCGUCAAGCAGGUCAGCACUGAGAACGACUCUGCCCUCGCUCACCGCUUCCCCCUGCUGGUGGCACACAUGGAGAAACUCAGCCACACGGAAGAGAAUCUCAUGGGCAUGGCGUCUUUCCGGGAGGUUCUGGAGAAGAUGCUGGUCAUUGUGGUGCUUCCUGUGAGGAAGAGUCUGAGGAAGGAGGUUGAGCUCUUUUCUCCUCAUCUGGUGUCCAACACCUGUGGCCUGCUGGCCAGUAUUGUCAGUGAGCUCACCGCCUCUGCUCUCGGCUCUGAGGUGGACGGGCUGAACUCCCUGCACUCGGUGAAGGCCAGCCCCAACCGCUUCACUAAGACCAGCCAGGGACGCAGCUGGAACACGGGGAACGGCUCCCCCGACGCCAUCUGCUUCACUGUGGACAAGCCAGGGGUGGUGCUGGUGGGUUUCUGUGUGUACGGGGGAGGAGGCAUCCAUGAGUAUGAGCUGGAGGUGCUCGCUGAUGAUGCUCAGACGGAGCACCCUGGAGAUUCCGCCCACUCCCACAGAUGGACGUCUCUAGAACUGGUCAAAGGCACUUACAGCACUGACGACUCCCCCAGUGACAUCGCUGAGAUCCGUCUGGACAAAGCUGUUCCUCUGAAGGAGAGUGUGAAAUAUGCUGUCCGCCUGCGUAACUACGGCAGUCGCACAGCCAAUGGGGAUGGAGGCAUAACAACCGUACAGUGCUCUGAUGGAGUCGCGUUCACCUUCAGCACCUGCAGCCUGAGCAGCAAUGGCACCAACCAGACCAGAGGCCAGAUCCCUCAGAUUCUCUAUUAUAGGAGUGAAUAUGAUGGCGACCUGCAAUCACAGCUGUUAAGCAAAGCCAAUGAAGAGGACAAGAACUGCAGCCGUGCUCUUUCUGUAGUCAGCGUGGUGGUGCGGGCGGCCAAAGACCUCCUCCACAGGGCCUUUGCUGUGGACGUUGAAGACAUUCCUGAACUCCUGAGUUCCUGCAGUCUCUUUUCGAUGCUGCUUCCACUCAUUUUGGCAUACAUCGGUCCUGUGGCUGCAUCUGUUCCUAAGGCUGCAGUGGAGGUGUUUGGUUUGGUUCAGGAACUUCUUCCGGCUGUUUCUGCCCUGAACCAGAAAUAUGCACCGCCUGCCUUCAAUCCUAACCAAUCCACAGACAGCACCACUGGGAACCAGCCGGAGCAGGGCCUAUCAGCUUGCACCACCUCUAAUCAUUAUGCUGUCAUAGAGAGCGAUCACCCCUACAAGCAGGCUGGUGUCACCCAGUACAAGGUUUCCUUCCCAGACUGCGUUCGCUGGAUAACCGUUGAGUUUGAUCCUCAGUGUGGCACGGCACAGCCAGAAGAUGUCCUCCGUCUCCUCAUCCCCAGCCGAUCGAUGCACUUCUCUGGGCUCGGCUCCAAAGCUCUGGCUCACGAGACCAUCAACAGCUGGACCGAGCUCAAGAAGUUCUCUGGCUCCAAUGGCUGGCCCACCUCUGUCUUGGUGCUGCCAGGUAACGAAGCCCACUUCUCCUUGGAAACUGCAUCAGAUUACGUGAAAGAUGAGAAAGCCUGUUUCUACGGAUUCAAAUGUGUAGCUGUCGGUUAUGAGUUUAACCCUGGUGUUGAUGAGGGAAUUAUUCAGCUGGAGAAGGAACUGGCCUAUUUAGGGAGCAUGUGUGCAGCUGCACUCAUGAAAAAGGAUCUUGCCCUACCCAUAGGGAAUGAACUAGAGGAAGAUUUGGAGAUUUUAGAGGAAGCCUCACUCCAGGUGUGUAAAUCCCACUCAGGGCUCCUGGGCAAGGGACUGGCCCUCACUCACUCUCCCACCAUCCUGGAGGCACUGGAGGGGAACCUGCCACUGCAUUUGCAGACUAACGAACACUCCUUUCUAGAGGACUUCAUUACCUGCGUGCAGAACUCUAGCGGUGGGCGGCUCGCCAGGUGGCUUCAGCCAGACUCCUACGCAGACCCUCAGAAGACCUCACUCAUUCUGAACAAAGACGACAUCCGCUGUGGCUGGCCCACUACUGUUGUGGUGCAGACCAAGGACCAAUAUGGAGAUGUUGUGCAUGUGCCAAACAUGAAGGUUGAAGUCAAGGCUGUUCCUGUCUCUCAGAAAAAGUCCAUCCAGCAGGAGAACAUGAAGAAACUGCAGCGUUUGCCAGGCAGCUCCUCUAAUUCUGCAUCAGGAACCGAUCUCACCUUUGGUGGCCACCCAGCACCCAAACUGGAGGCGACAUACGAACCCAUGAUCAUCAAAGAAGCACGUUAUAUCGCCAUCACCAUGAUGAAGGCAUAUGAAAAUUAUUCCUUUGAAGAGCUUCGCUUUGCCUCGCCAACACCAAAGAGGCCCAGUGAGAACAUGCUUAUCCGGGCCAACACAGACGGAACAUACAGCGCUAACUGGACCCCUGGUGCUGUUGGACUUUACACCAUUCAUGUGACCAUCGAUGGCAUUGAGAUCGAUGCUGGUCUGGAGGUCGAGGUCAAAGACCCACCCAAAGGAAUGAUCCCUCCUGGCACACAGAUGGUCAAACCCAAAGCUGAACCUCAACCUAGCAAGGUGCGCAAAUUUGUGGCCAAGGACAGCGCAGGGCUGCGCGUGCGUAGUCACCCUUCUCUGCAGAGCGAACAAAUAGGCAUAGUCCAAGUCAAUGGCACCAUCACAUUCAUUGAUGAGAUCCACAAUGAUGAUGGUGUCUGGCUCAGACUGAAUGAUGAGACAGUAAAGAAGUAUGUUCCCAACAUGAAUGGGUACACUGAAGCCUGGUGCCUCUCUUUUAACCAGCAUCUGGGCAGAAGCCUCCUGGUCCCUGUCGACAAUAUCUUUAGCGCUAGCCAAGGAGUCAGGGAUAUCGACUUUUUGUCUUGGACGACCUUAUCUUGUUUUCCCCAGGAGGGCAGGUCAAAUUUGGAUGAUUAUGGAAAGGAGACCAGUGGCCACCCUUCUCAUGACGCCACCGUACGAGACAUGGGCGCAGGCCAGGGUGGUGGACCGGGUCUUUAUAAGGUAGUGAAGACCGGACCUUCGGGUCACAACAUCAGAAGCUGCCCAAACCUUAGAGGUAUCCCCAUUGGAAUGUUAGUUCUGGGGAACAAAGUCAAGGCGGUAGGCGAGGUGAUUAACUCGGAGGGCACCUGGGUUCAGCUGGAUAAGAACAGUGUGGUGGAGUUCUGUGAGAGUGAUGAGGGUGAGGCCUGGUCUCUGACCCGAGACCGAGGGGGAAACCAGUACCUGCGUCAUGAGGAAGAGCAAGCUGUUUUAGAGCAUGGAGCCCAGACCCCUCCUCCCAGCCCAUUCUCAGUUCAGGCGUUUAACAGGGGCAUGGGCAGCUCGGGAGCUCAGGGCUUCGACUACGGCAUCUCCAACAACAAAGGUGACCGGCUGAGUGCCAUACUGAAUUCCGUUCAGUCUGGGCCUUUCCUCCCAACUCCUUCCAUAUUUGAGCAAGCUGCCAAACCUCCCUCUUCCCUUGUCCACAGCCCAUUUGUGUUUGGACAAUCCCUUUCCCAGCAGCCUCAACCGCAUCCACAGCUUCCGAAUGCUUCAUCAUGCAGCCUUGCUUCACGUGAGCGUGUGCACAAAAGCAGUGCGACCGGCCCUGGCACCGCUCUAUCAUCUCUUGUUCUCAGACAAAAGGGUGACAGGGAUAACAUGGCCAGUCGGUCUAUGUCUCCAGGCAGCAAGCAUCGCCAAGAGAGUCGAUCCUCCAAAACCGACAGUCACUCUAGCCGAUCUGUUGACCAGGUGAAGAGCAAGAACAAUGACAGUCUGUCUGCCAGCGAGGCCCUCAUUCUCAAAUCGGACACUGGCAAACUGAGGUCUGACUCUCACAGCCGCUCUCAUUCCCCCAACCACAACACCCUACAAGCCCUGAAAGCUGAUGGCCGAACCUCAGGCCUUAGGGCUGAGUCUCCAAACCCUGGUUCCCGUUCCUCCUCACCAAAACAAAAGUCCCUCACCUCUGGCAGAUCUAGCCCAUCCAGCACCAGUUCCCCACGCUCAUCCUCUCCUCAUGAUAAGAACCUGCCCUCUAAAGUAAGUCCUUCUUCUAAAGCUCACCUGGACCCUCCCCGUGAGAGAUCCAAAUCUGACUCCUAUACGCUGGACCCUGACACACUUAGAAAGAAGAAGAUUCCUCUCAUGGAACCUCUGAGGGGCAGGUCUACAUCACCCAAACCAAAAGUCUCACCCAAAGAGAGCAAAGGAGGAAGCAGCAAUGCUGAAAACCGAGCCCCAUCUCCCCAUGUAGUUCAGGAAAACCUCCACAGUGAAGUGGUGGAGGUGUGUAGGUCCAGCGCCUUGCUAUCCAAUGAUGAAGCCAAUGAUGAGAAUGCAGAGUUGAACAAUGCUGAAGAGGGCUCCUCCAAGGUCCACUUCAGUAUUGGAAAAGCCCCGGUCAAGGAGGAACUUGAAAGUCGUUCUUCACCCAAAGUCAGCCGUAAAACCUCCAGCAGGCAUGUGAGACCUAAAAAAGACAAAUCCGGGCCACUCUUUAAAGGUGAAAACGUGCGUCCUACUGAACCCGCCAAGCAAGCCAUGUCACCUUCUGUUGCGGAAUGUGCUCGUGCUGUUUUUGCUGCUUUCCUGUGGCAUGAGGGCAUAGUACAUGAUGCAAUGGCAUGCUCUUCCUUCCUCAAGUUCAACCCUGAGCUGACCAAAGAACAUGCACCCAUCCGUAAUUCUCUUAGCUGCCAGCAGGGUUUUGACGAGAAGGAGAACAAACUAAAGAACCGCCACUCUCUGGAGAUCUCCUCGGCCCUCAACAUGUUCAACAUAUCACCACAUGGCCCAGACAUUUCCAAGAUGGGUAGCAUCAACAAGAACAAGGUUCUGUCCAUGCUGAAAGAACCACCUUUACCUGAGAAGUGCGAGGAUGGAAAAAAUGAUGCAGUCUCUUAUGAGAUGACCAGCCACUCCUCCAUGAGGUCUAAGUCCAUCUUGCCUCUCACCCUCCAGCACUUAGUAGCUUUCUGGGAGGACAUAUCCAUGGCUACCAUAAAAGCGGCUACACAGAACAUGAUUUUCCCAAGUCCAGGAUCCAGUGCUAUCCUUAAAAAGAAGGAGAAUGAAAAGGAUGGCAAGAAGACCAAGAAAGAGAAGAAGAAGAAGGAUAAAGCCGAGGUGCGUCCCAGGGGGAACCUCUUUGGGGAGAUGGCACAGUUAGCUAUGGGAGGCCCAGAAAAGGAUACCAUCUGUGAGCUGUGUGGAGAGUCUCACCCAUACCCUGUUACGUACCACAUGAGACAAGCCCACCCAGGUUGUGGCCGAUAUGCUGGAGGUCAGGGCUAUAACAGUAUUGGUCACUUCUGCGGAGGCUGGGCUGGUAACUGUGGAGAUGGUGGAAUUGGAGGAAGCACCUGGUACCUGGUGUGUGACCGUUGUAGAGAGAAGUACCUGAGAGAAAAACAAACAGCUGCUAGAGAAAAGGUUAAGCAGUCAAGAAAGAAACCUCUACAGGUGAAAACCCCACGGGCUCUGCCAACUAUGGAGGCCCACCAGGUGAUCCGUGCCAAUGCACUGUUCCUGCUGUCUCUGAGCAGCGCCGCUGAGCCUAACCUGCUUUGCCAUCACCCACCCAAACCCUUCCACUCACACCUGCCCAGCCUCAAGGAGGGAGUGUCUGAGGAACUGCCCAACAAGAUGGGCUGCCUCUAUCUGCAAACCCUAGCCCGUCAACACACUGAGAACUUUGGGGCCUAUCAAGACGACAACCUGUUUCAGGAUGAGAUGCGUUACCUGCGUUCUACGUCAGUCCCUGCUCCCUACAUCUCAGUCACCCCAGAUGCCUGCCCCAAUGUUUUUGAAGAGCCAGGAAGUAACAUGAAGUCUAUGCCCCCAAGUUUGGAGACAAGUCCAAUCACAGACAGUGACACAGCCAAACGGACAGUAUUCCAGCGGUCAUAUUCAGUGGUUGCCUCUGAGUAUGAUAAGCAGCACUCAGCUUCCCCAGCACGGGUCAAAGCAGUGCCGAGACGCAGGGUACACAGUGGGGAUGCAGAAGUUGGGUCAUCACUGCUUCGUCACCCUUCUCCUGAGUUGUCUCGGCUGAUCUCAGCCCAUGGCUCUCUAAGUAAAGGUGAAAGGAACUUCCAGUGGCCCGUGUUGGCAUUUGUUAUCCAGCAUCAUGACCUAGAGGGCCUGGAGGUGGCUAUGAAGCAUGCACUCCGCAAAUCAGCCUGCAGGGUGUUUGCCAUGGAGGCCUUUAAUUGGCUGCUGUGUAACGUUACCCAGACCACCUCCCUCCAUGAUAUCCUGUGGCACUUUGUGGCGUCUCUGACUCCGUCUCCCUUUGAGACGGAAGAAGAGGAGGAUGAGGAGAACAAAGGGAACAAGGAGAACCUUGAGCAGGAGAAGGAUUUAGGUGUCUGCGAGCACCCCCUGUCUGACAUCCUCAUCGCAGGAGAGGCGGCUCACCCGCUGCCCCACACCUUCCACCGUCUACUCCAAACCAUCUCCGACCUUAUGAUGUCUCUUCCCAGUGGAAGCUCACUUCAGCAGAUGGCCCUGAGGUGUUGGAGCCUUAAAUUCAAACAGUCAGAUCAUCAGUUCCUGCACCAGAGUAAUGUAUUUCACCACAUCAACAACAUCCUGUCCAAAUCAGACGAUGGGGACAGUGAAGAGAGUUUUAACAUCAGCGUACAGUCGGGAUACGAAGCAAUCAGUCAGGAACUUUGUGUGAUGACCUGUCUGAAAGAUCUGACUAGCGUGGUGGACAUUAAAACAUCCAGUCGACCAGCCAUGAUUGGCAGCCUGACUGAUGGCUCCACUGAGACGUUCUGGGAGUCUGGAGAUGAAGAUAAGAACAAAACAAAGAGCAUCACUAUAAGCUGCGUGAAAGGCAUCAAUGCGUCAUAUGUCUCUAUCCAUGUUGACAACUCUCGUGACAUUGGAAAUAAAGUCACAUCAAUGAUAUUCCUUUGUGGGAAGGCUGUGGAAGAUCUCUGCAGGAUCAAACAGAUUGACUUAGACUCAAGGCACAUGGGCUGGGUGACCAGCGAGCUGCCUGGAGGGGACCACCAUGUGAUCAAGAUCGAGCUUAAGGGUCCUGAGAACACACUUAGGGUUCGGCAGGUCAAAGUGCUUGGCUGGAAGGAGGGCGAUAGCAUCAAGAUUGCUGGGCAGAUAUCAGCCAGUGUAGCCCAGCAGAAAAACUGUGAAGCUGAGACGCUGCGUGUCUUCCGCCUUAUUACGUCACAGGUAUUUGGAAAACUAAUUUGUGGGGAUGCAGAACCAACACCAGAACAAGAAGAGAAGAACCUGCUCUCCUCACCUGAGGGUGAAGACAAGGCUCCAUCUGAUGCAGACUUGAAGGAACACAUGGUUGGCAUUAUUUUCAGCAGGAGUAAACUGACCAACCUUCAGAAACAGGUAUGUGCCCAUAUCGUCCAGGCCAUCCGUAUGGAGGCCACGCGUGUGCGUGAGGAAUGGGAGCACGCCAUCUCCAGCAAAGAGAAUGCGAACUCUCAGCCCAGCGAUGAUGACGCCUCCUCUGAUGCGUACUGCUUUGAGCUGUUGUCUAUGGUGCUGGCCUUGAGUGGAUCUAACGUUGGCCGGCAGUAUCUAGCCCAGCAGCUCACCCUACUGCAGGACCUCUUUUCCCUACUUCACACUGCCUCGCCACGUGUCCAGAGACAGGUGACGUCCCUGCUCAGACGCGUUCUUCCUGAGGUCACUCCUAUGCGCUUGGCCAGCGUCAUUGGCGUAAAGGCGCUACCACCAGCAGACAUCAGUGACAUCAUCCACUCCACUGAGAAGGGCGAUUGGACCAAACUGGGCAUAUUAGAUAUGUUUUUGGGCUGCAUCGCCAAGGCCCUCACUGUGCAGCUCAAGGCGAAGGGCACCACUAUAGGUGGCACAGCUGGCAUGGCAGCAGGCAAAGGGGUUACUACAGUCACCCUACCCAUGAUCUUCAACUCAAGCUACAUACGGCGUGGAUUGAGUCACUGGUGGAUGAAGGGCUCCACUCCACCCCAGAUCGCUGAGAUUAUCAUUAAACUAGUCAAAGACAUGGCUGCCGGACACCUCUCGGAUGCCUGGUCCAGGGUGACUAAGAAUGCUAUUGCUGAGACCAUCAUUGCUCUCACUAAGAUGGAAGAGGAGCAUCGCUCUCCAGUGCGCUGCAUUGCCACCACUCGGCUGUGGCUCGCAUUGGCCUCUCUGUGUGUUCUGGACCAGGACCACGUGGACCGACUGUCUUCAGGUCGCUGGAUGGGCAAAGAUGGGCAGCAGAAGCAGAUGCCCAUGUGUGAUAAUCAUGACGACGGAGAGACGGCAGCCAUCAUUCUGUGUAAUGCAUGUGGAAACUUGUGCACUGACUGUGACCGGUUCCUCCAUCUCCACCGGCGCACACGUUCCCACCAGAGACAGGUCUUUAAGGAGGAGGAGGAAGCCAUUAAAGUGGACCUACAUGAAGGUUGCGGUAGAACCAAACUCUUUUGGCUCAUGGCAUUGGCUGAUUCCAAGACCAUGAAGGCCAUGGUGGAGUUCCGGGAACACACAGGUAAACCAGCUUCCAGUAGUUCAGACGCCUGCCGCUUCUGCGGCACCAGGAACGGCACAGAGCUGUCCGCUGUAGGAAGUGUAUGUUCAGACCAAGACUGUCAGGAGUAUGCAAAACUGGCCUGCAGUAAGACUCAUCCGUGCGGCCACCCGUGUGGAGGGGUCAAAAAUGAAGAGCUGUGUCUUCCCUGCCUACAUGGCUGUUUCAAAACUGAAGCCUCUCUGAAACAGGAUGCUGAUGAUAUGUGCAUGAUUUGCUUCACUGAGGCUCUGUCUGCUGCCCCAGCAAUCCAGCUGGACUGCAGUCACGUGUUUCAUCUUCAGUGCACAAGAAGGGUUCUGGAGAACCGCUGGCUUGGGCCUAGGAUAACCUUCGGGUUCAUGUCUUGCCCUAUUUGCAAGAACAAAAUAAACCACUCUGUCCUAAAAGACCUGCUGGACCCAAUCAAAGAGCUGUAUGAGGACGUGAGGAGAAAGGCUUUAAUGAGACUGGAGUAUGAAGGACUACACAAGAGUGAAGCCAUCACAAUGUCUGGAGCUCGAUUCCACAACAACCCAGCUGGAUUUGCCAUGAACCGAUAUGCUUACUACGUUUGCUUCAAGUGCAAAAAGGCCUAUUUUGGGGGAGAAGCUCGCUGUGAUGCUGAAGCAGGACAAGGGGAUGAUUAUGAUCCCCGUGAGCUCAUCUGUGGAGCGUGCUCAGAUGUGUCCAGAGCACAGAUGUGCUCUAAACAUGGGACAGAUUUCCUGGAGUACAAAUGUCGUUACUGUUGCUCUGUGGCUGUGUUCUUCUGCUUUGGGACGACACAUUUUUGCAACGCCUGUCAUGAUGAUUUCCAGAGGAUGACCAGUGUCCCAAAAGAAGAGUUGCCCCAUUGUCCUGCUGGACCAAAAGGAAAACAGUUGGAAGGAAGCGAGUGUCCCCUGCAUGUGGUACAUCCUCCCACCGGAGAAGAGUUUGCGCUGGGCUGCGGUGUGUGUAGAAAUGCCCAUACCUUCUAAACGCCAUGGUCCUGUAAUGAUCUCGCUCUAUAUAUAUAUUCACCCUCCUGUGGCGGCUGACUCCCUCUUCAGCACAGCCUGAGAGCAGAUACUAACCGGAUGUCCCAUACUGAGGGCGCUGGGACUGGCCGCCGUGCUCCAGGGUGCAUCCUCCCUCUCUUUAGACACUGAAGAACGGAAAAAAAAACAAAAAAAAAAAACAAAUCAAACGUUGUGACGUGUUUGCAUGCAGCCGUUGUAACCCUGCGGCUUGUAUAAACGUUGCACACCUCCUGACCACUGAAGUCUAACAAUGUGUGGAGGAUUUUGAACCGAAUCGGAGACCACCAUGGAUGGGCCAUGAUUUAAGCUUCUCAAAAUACAAAUUAAAGAUUCUAUUGUUGUAUGUUAACUAUGUUUUCGUAAUCCUGUACAGUAUUCCUUCACUUUGGAGUGCAUCAUGGUUUGACGGCUAAAGAUUCAAAUGCUAUAAGAGGACUUUAGAAUGUUACGCUGGAGGAAAAUAGUGUACGAUUUAUCUAAUCUUGUAUAUAAUGACAGUAACCCUUCAUAUGUGUAUUCCGAUGUUGCUACUCUACACUUCAGUUUUCUUUGAUAUUCUGGGUUAUGUUUUGAGCCAGAACUUUUAAUGAAGUGCAAUACUGGGUGUGCCUCCUCGCAGAUGUAAACAUAUGGAAUGUAUGUCAAUAAAGCCACUGUACAUUUUUA